AUGGGAGCCUACAAGUACAUCGGCGAGCUGUACAAAAAGAAGCAGUCGGAUGUCCUCCGAUUCCUUCUCCGUGUCCGGUGCUGGGAGUACCGCCAGCUGAACGUCAUCCACCGCGCUUCGCGCCCCUCCCGCCCUGACAAGGCUCGCCGCCUCGGGUACAAGGCUAAGCAGGGCUAUGUCAUCUACCGUGUCCGCGUCCGUCGCGGUAACCGCAAGAAGCACGUUCCCAAGGGUGCCACCUACGGCAAGCCCGUUCGUCAGGGUGUCAACCAGAUCAAGCCUCAGCGCGGCUUGAGGAGUGUCGCCGAGGAGCGUGUUGGCAGGAGGUGCGGUAACCUCCGUGUCCUCAACUCCUACUGGAUCAACCAGGACGGCGUUUACAAGUACUACGAGGUCAUCCUCGUCGACCCCAACCACAAGGCUAUCCGCCGCGACCCCAGAAUCAACUGGAUCACCAAGCCUGUCCACAAGCACCGCGAGGCUCGUGGUCUCACCUCCAUUGGCAAGCAGAACCGCGGUCUUGGCAAGGGUCACCGCUACAAUCACACUCCGGGCUGGUCGACUUGGAAGAAGCACAACACCCUCAGCCUCCGUCGCUACCGGUGA